GGUAGGUGAAGACAGGAAGCAGGAAAAGAGAAGGAAUAGCUGGCAAAUAACUGCAUGCAGGACAAGAAAAUAAAAUUACUGGAAAAGGAUCAAAUAUUCUGUGGGAAUCCCGUAACUGGGACAGAGACCUUCCUGGAAGUAGGAAGAUCAUAUUUAACCCUCUAGUUACAAUAACUCUGUAUAAGGAGGCAUAAUCUUUCAAUCAUGUCAGCCUCUGCAGUGUUUGUCCUGGAUCUGAAGGGAAAGCCCCUCAUCUGCAGGAAUUACAAAGGCGACAUCAAUAUGGCGGAAAUUGACCAUUUCAUGCCGUUGCUAGUGCAACGCGAGGAGGAAGGAAAUCUAUCACCAUUGCUAACUCACGGAAAAGUGCAUUUUUUGUGGAUUAAACACAGCAACCUCUACUUGGUUGCAUUAACCAAUAAGAACGCCAAUGCAUCAUUGGUCUACUCCUUUCUAUACAAAGUGGUAGAGGUCUUCACAGAGUACUUCAAGGAAUUGGAGGAGGAGAGUAUCAGGGAUAACUUUGUCAUUGUGUACGAGCUAUUGGAUGAAGUUAUGGACUUUGGAUUCCCCCAAACGACUGAUAGCAAAAUUCUUCAGGAAUAUAUCACACAGCAAGGCAACAAGCUGGAGACGGCCAAGUCUCGUGUCCCCACUACAGUAACCAACGCUGUUUCCUGGAGAUCUGAAGGAAUCAAAUACAAGAAGAAUGAAGUGUUUAUAGAUGUGAUAGAGUCUGUAAAUCUGCUGGUGAACACUAAUGGCAGCGUACUGCUCAGUGAGAUUGUCGGCACUGUGAAGCUUAAGGUUUUUCUUUCUGGGAUGCCGGAGCUACGUCUUGGGCUGAACGACCGAGUUCUCUUCGAGUUAACUGGACGAAACAAGAAUAAAACCGUGGAACUGGAGGAUGUGAAGUUUCACCAGUGUGUAAGACUUUCCCGCUUUGAGAAUGAUCGUACAAUCUCUUUCAUCCCUCCCGAUGGAGAUUUUGAGCUAAUGUCCUACCGGCUAAACACACAGGUGAAACCUUUGAUCUGGAUUGAAUCUGUCAUUGAGAAAUUCAGCCACAGUCGAGUAGAAAUUAUGGUGAAGGCUAAAGGUCAGUUUAAGAAACAGUCGGUGGCAAACAAUGUGGAGAUUUCAGUUCCUGUUCCCAGUGAUGCGGAUUCUCCAAAAUUUAAAACCAGCGUGGGGAGCGCCAAAUAUGUACCAGAAAAAAACGUUGUGGUCUGGACUAUUAAAUCAUUCCCGGGAGGGAAAGAAUACCUGAUGAGGGCACAUUUUGGCCUACCGAGUGUGGAAACAGAGGAGAUGGAGGGAAAACCACCAAUAGGCGUGAAGUUUGAAAUACCCUAUUUCACAGUGUCUGGCAUUCAGGUUCGGUAUAUGAAGAUUAUUGAGAAAAGUGGAUACCAGGCACUUCCUUGGGUGCGGUAUAUAACUCAGAGCGGAGAUUACCAGCUUCGGACAAACUGAACAACUCUAAAUUUGAAGAAGUGAUCCCUCCAGUGAAUUGAAUGUUUUGUUUUUGUCUUCUAUGUCCUAAAAUAAAUAUGCACCCAAACAGAUAUAUUUUUGGAACAAAACUGUUAAAUGUAACUAUCACUAGGCAAUUUCUAAAAAAUACUUUUCUAUCCCUGAGGCUGUAAGUAGUAAUUAUGUUUUACUAAUACUGGUUACUAAGGUAAUGUGUGUUGCUAUUUUAUAUCACCAUGCUUUUUAUUAUUUACUAAAUCCAGAAUUUUGGUGAAUGGGAAAAAAAAAUAUUGCAAGACACAGGAGUUUAUUUACUAAAUGUGUAUUAUAAAAAAUAAAGAAGCUAGCAGCAUAAAUAAAUACGGUAACUAUAUAUUGCAACCAUGGCAGUAAUGCACAGUGACAUCAUGGUACCUAUAUAGAAAGAGAUGUUUAUAUACUCAGCAAUGUAUUCUGGGAAAUUUGCAGCCAACUUGCAAAAUGGAGGCCAAAGUAUUGAGCUGGUAGAUAUUUAU